AUGACAUAUCCUUCUUUACUAAUUACACCAUCGGUUUCCAAUCCAGCAUCUCCUAUUUUCCCUCCACCACCACCACCACCACCAGUUAUUACAAAUUCUGGGAAUAUUUUUAUGUCUUCCAGUCAUACAGUAAAUCCUACUGCUUCUGGUGUUUAUCCUGUUGCUGCUGCCGCCGCCGCCGUAGCUGCUGCUUCUUUUCAAUCCCUUUCAUCAUCUGUUUAUGAUCAAUUUUACUCGGCAAUAUCAUCAAAUAAUCUAACAACUGUUAAUAACAAUAGUGGUACAAAUAUGCAUCAACAUCUUACUCAUAAUUAUAACUCCCAUUGUACUUCACAACAGGCAGAAGAUUCAGCUCAAAAUGAAUCGAUUUCUUCAUCUUAUAGAAAUCCGAACUUAACUGGUUAUUCUGAUAUUACACGAACAACAUAUCCUUUAAUGUCUACCCAUUUACUUCAUCAACAGCGUCAGACUUCUUUAUUUCCUACUUCAUCUUAUAGUUCUGAUAAUAAAUUGAAAAAUCAAUCUAUUCCUGACAGUUUAUUACAUGAUCGACAAUUGUCUAAGAUAAUCGACAAAGAAGAACAAAUACUUCAGCAACAAGAUCGGGCUAACAAUUCAGAUCAUAUUGAUUUUUUCAAUACACGAGUUCAACCUUCAGAAAAUUUAGUGAAUCAUUUAUCUUUAGAUAAUCAAUUUGCUCCAAGAUCAUCAUUAUCAUCGGAAUCAUCAUCAUCAUCAACAUCAUCAUCAUGUUCAGAGACUUAUAUGAAUUCUUCUUUACAACAAAUAGACAGAAAUUCUAAUGAACACAAUAAUAGUAAACAAUUAACUAAUGAUUUUACACAAUUUAAUAAAACAUUCCAGUUGAAUACAUGUGAAUCGGGCAAUACUAAUACUAAUCAUAAUAAUCCACUUAUUUUAACAUCAUUAAAAGAAUUUCAACUCGAUCAGAACAGAUUAUUCAAUCUUUCCAAUCAUUUACUAAUAAACAAUAAUAAUGGUCAAUCUACCAUCGAAACCACUCUUAACAAUGGUACUAUCAAUACUACUACUACCACUACUACUAGUAGUACUACUAAAAAUACAAAUAGUAAUAAAUUAUAUAGAGAAUCACUAAAUUCUUUGAAUUUGCCAAUAUUUGAUGAAAAUUAUGAUCAAAGCAACAGGAGUAGAAUAGAUCAAGGUGAAAAUACAAACAAUAUUCAAUUAGAUAUUUUACAGUCAACAUCAUUACUACUUAAAACUGAAGAGAAUUUAAUGAAUUUCCCAUCAAGCUCUUCAUCAUCAACAUUGUUAUCUAAUCGAUCGAAAGAAGCUGAUAGUUCAAAUAUAGCCACCAUGAGUAGUGGUGAAAGUGGUGGCGGUAUUAUCGCUGUUCCUACAGAUACCGGUUGUUGUGAAUCAUUAAGUAUACUGACGAGAGAUAUGAUGAGAGCCUAUCUCGUUGAUCGACGGGAUCAAAUUCUAAUCAUACUUCAUGCAAAAGUUGCUCAAAAAUCAUAUGGAACAGAAAAACGUUUUUUCUGCCCUCCACCUUGUGUAUAUCUUCGUGGUGAAGGGUGGGGAUUACAGUACGGUCAAACAUCACAUGAUGAAUCAAAAUUGAGCUCUAGUCAUGAACAUGUUGAUCAAACGGAUUUAGUGAGUUAUUCCACAAAUAAUGUUCGAACAUAUCCUAUACAAAAUAAUAAUAUAUCGUAUUCAACAGCUACCCCUACUCCAGGACCUUCACAUUUAUCGUCUUCAUUUACAGGAGAACAAUCUCAAAUACUUGCUUUUAUGGGUAUUGGUGGAUCAACUACUCCAGUUGAAAUGAUUCAAUUAAAUUUAGAUGAUGGAAGAGAUUAUUCAAAUGCUAAAACAUUAUUUAUUUCAGAUUCAGAUAAACGAAAAUAUUUUAUGUUAACAUUAAAAAUGUUUUAUAAAAAUGGUAAAGAUUUGGGUCAAUUUCAUUCAAGACGUAUUAAAGUUAUUUCAAAACCAAGUAAAAAGAAACAAUCAUUAAAAAAUACGGAUUUAUGUAUUGCAUCUGGUACAAAAAUAGCCUUAUUCAAUAGAUUACGUUCACAAACCGUUAGUACACGGUAUUUACAUGUUGAAGAUGCUAGUUUCCACGCAAGUUCAAGUCGUUGGGGCUCAUUUACAAUCAAUCUAUUAGCUGAUGAUCAAGAUGAAGCUGAACAGUUCACUGUACAAGACGGUUAUAUACAUUACGGUCAUACAGUGAAAUUAGUUUGUUCAGAAACUGGUAUGGCACUUCCUCGUUUGAUUGUACGAAAAGUAGACAAAACAACUGUUCUAUUGGAUGCUGACGAUCCAGUUAGUCAACUUCAUAAAUGUGCAUUUCAUUUAAAAGAUACAGAUAGAAUGUAUUUAUGUCUUUCACAAGAUAAAAUUGUCCAAUUGCCAUCUACACCAUGUGAUGAAAAUCCUUUGCGUGAGAAAAUAAAUGAUGCCGCAGCAUGGACUAUUAUUAGUACAGAUAGAGCGGAAUAUCGUUGGUUUGAACCUAGCCAUUUACCAAGUACAUACAGAACAAAAGAUGGCCAAAUUAAAUCAAUCACACCUCCUACAUCAUGUCUGACACCAGUUACACCUGUACCAAUUGUACGAGAUAUGCGAGUGAAUGGUGGUGGAGAUGUUGCAAUGCUUGAAAUAAUUGGUGAAAAUUUCAGUCCUAGGCAUCAAGUAUGGUUUGGUGAUGUUCCAGCUCAAACAUUUUAUCGUUGUGAAGAACUGAUAUUAUGUUUUGUUCCAGAUAUAUCAGAAUUUCACAGAGACUGGACAUAUAUUCAAAAAACUUUAGAGGUGCCAAUUAGUUUAGUCCGACAAGAUGGUAUUAUCUAUGCGAGUGGCUUAACAUUUACUUAUCAUCCAGAAUCUGGACCAAGACAACACUGUCAACCAGCGCUUGAAAUUAUACGUGCAGCAAGUAUAGCCGCUGUUGCGGCGGCGGCAGCAGCUGCGUCUGCUGUCACUUCAUCAAAUUCUCUGUCAACAUCAGAAGAAUUAUUACUAGAACCUUCAUGUUCUUCCAGAUCAGGUAUCGUAGUAUCAUCUGCAACAGUUGAAUGUAAUAAUGUUGUACAACGACAAAAAUCAUCUGAAUUCAAUUUAUCUCAACAUCAUAAAGAUUCAAUGUGCCUUGAUAAUAAUUCAUUUCUUGCCUCAGUAUCAACAUCAUCAUGUCAAAUGAUAAAUAGAUUAAAUAAUUGUAAUAAUAGUAAUAAUACUACUAGUGGUUAUUAUGAAGAUGAAGCUUUCAAUCAACAACAUAACUAUCCUCAUCUUCAUCAUCAGGAGCAUCAAUUACAACAGUCACAUCAACAGCAUCAUUAUGCUGUUGACACUCAGGAACAUCAUCAUCGGAGGAAUAAUAAUAAUUCAAACUCUUUAACUACAACAGAUCGUCUAUUUUAUAUUCCAGUGAAUACAAGUUGAAUCUCUUAUUAAAUAAAAGAAUUUUUCAGUUGCUUUUUUUUCUUUUGUUUAUCAGUUUGUUAAAUAGAUAUCCACGAUAUUCUUU